AUGGAUUCGCUUUACCGAAGCGAAGAAAUGUGCUUAGCGCAGAUAUUUCUGCAAACGGAAGCUGCAUAUACUUGCGUUGCAGAGUUGGGUGAAUUGGGUCUUGUUCAAUUCCGCGAUCUCAAUCCAGAUGUAAGCGCUUUCCAACGAAAAUUUGUGAAUGAAGUACGACGAUGUGACGAAAUGGAACGAAAAUUGAGAUUUUUGGAGCGUGAAAUCAAAAAAGAUUUAAUACCAAUGUUGGAUACAGGUGAAAAUCCAGAUGCUCCACAACCAAAAGAGAUGAUUGAUUUAGAGGCAACAUUCGAAAAGUUAGAGAAUGAAUUGCAAGAAGUUAAUCAAAAUGAAGAAAUGCUGAAGAAAAACUUUUCGGAAUUAACGGAACUUAAGCACAUUCUUCGGAAAACGCAACAGUUCUUCGAGGAGGUGGAAUAUGGUAGGUGGCCGUAUACAAGACGAGAAGAGAAUCAACAUCAUUUUAUUCCUGAAGAGGAGCAAAAUCUUUUGAGCGAAUCGCGAAGCACAGCAAUUACUUUACGUUUGGGCAAGCUCUCUGAUUACUUUCGUUAUUUUGCAUUCUUUAUUCGUUCCGUUACAAAACUUAAAGCAUCAGGAAAACUUUUUGAACUGCUGUGGAUUGCUGGAACAGAAACAAUCGUGCCACCAAAUGCGCCAGUUGGUAGCGGCCUUCCGGAGCAGAUCGUUCUGCAGGAAACUGAGGGAGUAGGCAUCGAAUUAUCUGGUGCCGGAGUCACCGGCCAGAUGUUUGCUAAUUUUGGUUUUGUUGCCGGUGUCAUUCAGCGAGAACGACUUCCAGCGUUUGAACGACUACUAUGGCGCGCCUGUCGUGGAAAUGUCUUCUUACGACAAUCUGAAAUAGCGGAACCACUUAUAGAUGCUACCACUGGAGAUCCAAUUUCCAAUUCAGUAUUUAUUAUAUUUUUCCAAGGUGAACAGUUGAAAACUCGUGUCAAGAAAAUUUGCGAAGGCUUUCGAGCAACUCUUUAUCCGUGUCCAGACACUCCUCAAGAACGGCGAGAAAUGUCAAUAGGGGUGAUGACCCGUAUUGAGGAUCUGAAAACUGUUUUAGGACAAACGCAAGACCAUCGACAUCGUGUCUUGGUUGCUGCAUCGAAAAAUGUGCGAAUGUGGCUAACAAAAGUGCGUAAAAUUAAAUCCAUUUAUCAUACGUUGAAUCUAUUCAACUUGGAUGUCACCCAGAAAUGUCUGAUUGCUGAGUGUUGGUGUCCGGUAGCUGAUUUGAAUCGGAUUCAGCUGGCACUCAAAAGAGGAACGGAAGAAUCAGGAAGUACAGUACCAUCAAUUCUAAAUCGCAUGUCGGGUAUAACAGAAGCACCUCCAACUUUCCAUCGUGUUAACAAAUUCACUCGUGGUUUCCAAAACAUUGUUGAUGCAUAUGGGAUUGCAUCAUAUCGAGAAAUAAAUCCGGCUCCUUACACAAUGAUCACAUUCCCAUUCAUUUUCGCCGUUAUGUUUGGCGACUGUGGCCAUGGGCUUAUUAUGCUUCUGUGCGCCCUCUUUUUUAUACAUCGAGAAAAACAAUUGGAAGCAGCUCGAAUAAACGAUGAGAUUUUCCAAACAUUUUUUAAUGGUCGUUACGUGAUAUUUUUGAUGGGUUGCUUUUCUGUAUACACCGGAUUCAUCUACAAUGAUGCAUAUAGCAAAUCAUUCAAUUUAUUCGGGAGUUCAUGGCGAAAUAUUUACGCAGAUUUAAGUAAAUAUGAACCUGAGAAAGAACUUAUGCUUACACCACAAUGGGCUUACUAUAAUGUGUCAGUUGGACCUUAUCCCAUAGGUGUUGAUCCAAUUUGGAAUCUUGCUGAGACUAACAAAUUGAGUUUUUUGAACUCGAUGAAGAUGAAAAUGUCUGUUAUAAUUGGUGUUGCACAAAUGACAUUUGGUGUCAUGUUGAGCUAUGAAAAUUACAAAUACUUUGAUUCUCGUCUGGAUAUCCUAUAUAUGUUUAUCCCACAAAUGCUCUUUCUUGGUUGUAUUUUCAUUUAUCUUUGCAUAGAAAUUCUGUUCAAGUGGUUGCUUUUUUCUGCCAAGAGUGGCUAUGUUUUGGGUUAUGAAUAUCCGUCGUCUAAUUGUGCCCCGUCGUUAUUGAUAGGACUUAUUAACAUGUUUAUGAUGAAGAAUCGCCCAUCUGGAUUUGUCGACUCUGAAGGAAAUGUGUAUCCACAGUGUUAUCUGAAUCUCUGGUAUCCGGGUCAGUCAUUUUUUGAAACAUUAUUUGUGCUCAUUGCGGCAGCGUGCAUCCCGGUUAUGUUAUUUGGUAAACCGUACAUGCAAUGGAAGGAGCACAAAGAAAGAGUCGCCUUGUGCGGAUGUAGUCAAAAUGACCUCAGUGGAGGCCAUGAUUCAAGUGUCACUCAUAUAAUGCAAAAUUGUACGCAUUUGUAUAAGAGCAUUAUAAGUGUCCAUGUUGAAUCGAAUGAUGAUGAUGCUCAUAUAAUCCACAAUGAUUUAUCGAGACCAUCAAGCACGCAUAUUGAAGAAAAAUUCGAUUUUGCUGAUGUCAUGGUUUAUCAGGCUAUUCAUACUAUUGAAUUUGCUCUGGGUUGCAUAUCACAUACUGCUUCAUAUCUUCGGCUUUGGGCGCUUUCGCUCGCACAUGCUCAAUUAUCAGAUGUUUUAUGGACGAUGGUUUUCCGCCAAGCUUUCAUGCUAAAUGGUUAUAUGGGAGCAAUGGCGACAUAUAUUCUUUUUUUCGUGUUUGCUUCCCUUUCAUUUUCAAUCUUAGUCCUGAUGGAAGGUCUCAGCGCUUUUCUACACGCUCUUCGUCUUCACUGGGUGGAAUUUCAAAGCAAAUUUUACAAAGGGCUUGGUUAUGCUUUUGUUCCCUUUUCAUUCGACAAGAUUCUGGAAGAGGCUCGUGCUGCUGAAGAAAAUAUGUAA